AUGGAACACGGUCUGCAGAUCCGAUACAACCCACAAAGAUCUGAAAGGGCUGAACGGCCAAGUCCUAUCCCUGGACGCGAAAUUCACGUGGAAUGGGGAAGCGAGAAUUCGGUAUUGACGCACCAAGAGUCUGAUUCGUUAUCCGAUAAUGCAGUCAUGUGCGCUGGGCCCCGAUUCGGUCGGCUCACUUUGCGGGCAGCCGAGGUGGCUCUUACGAUUCCCCGUGGAGAGGGAUGCGGGUUAGACGUGGAGGCCAAAAUUACUGUCCCCUCGUGCUUAUUCUGUUUAAGGUGGACAAAAGUUCCAGACCGCGAGACUGCCAUGAAUAGGAUGAGAUUAGGGGAAUCUGCCAUGUCCUUUAUUGCCAUUAGAGUUUACCUUCGAGAUUUACGAAUAUUCUCAAAGGCUCAUGCCCCAGAUGAUGAUAACUCUUUCUCCACAACUUUAUCGACUUGA